UCUUCAAUCCCUUAGAGGGAUCAUAAACACAAAUGAUGAAUUCCAUGUCCUACAAUUUUUCUUGGGACACAUUUUCCGCCCCUUUUGAUGAAAACGAGGUAAGAUUCUAUCAAUCUUUUGAACAAGGGCAUGUGGGGGAUUUUGUUCGCAUUAAGGUUCGUGUUAAACACGAACUAUGCAUCACUCCCCAACAACACCCUUCUUUAAUUUUACCUUUUGAUCGGUUUUUAUAUGAGCAAAUCAUGUUUGUUCCUUACCAAGAUUUUCUCCAACAUGCUUCCAUAUACAUGCAAGUUUACUUUCCUAAUGUUAUCAUCCCCCAUGAGUUGAUGUACACAAUGCUGCCAUUUUUAAUGACAUAUGUCUGGGAUGCACGAAGUUCACCUUCCGGCCUUCAUUACGAAAGUCCUCGAAUUCGUGUUUUUCCUUUGGGUUUGGAUGUUUUUGUUCAAAAGUUAUUUGGUCAGUGUGACAACGUUGUCAUCAAUAACAUAAUCGCGAGGUUUGAUGCCAUUGGGGAUGCACAAUUUGUUCCGGCAUCAAAGGAAGCCAUUGAAUCUCUGGAGAAGCUGAAGAUCGAAGAUGGUGAUGCCAUUGAAAAGUGUAGUGUCUGUCAAUUCGAGUUCAAUGUUGGAAUGGAGAUUGCAAAAAUGCCUUGCAAUCAUCUGUAUCAUCAAGAAUGCAUUGUUCAGUGGCUAGGAACUAGUCACAUGUGCCCAAUGUGUCGCUACCCAAUGCCAACUUCAACCAGUGGCUGAUUUAUUUUACAUUGUUGUUGAAUUUAUUUUAUGUUACUUCAUUUUGUUUGGAGUUGUUUGUCUUUGUUGAAUUUCCCAGAACAUUGAAUUUAUGAGAUUCUCUUAUAAUUAUUUCCCUUAUAUUCAUAAAUUUCCUACCCAAUUAUAAUAUGUUAGCAGUUUUUUA